AUGGAGUGCAUGCAACAGACCGUUGUGGAGGACGGGUAUGAAUUUUUCGCAAAACGUCAACUAGUCACUCUGUUCUCAGCGCCUAACUACUGUGGCGAAUUUGAUAAUGCCGGUUCAAUGAUGACUGUGGAUGAAACACUUAUGUGUUCAUUCCAGGUUUGUAAAAAUUCAGAUUUGUGCAGCUUCAGUAUCAGUUGGUUCAGUUUUCCUUUACUUGGGUUUUGCAAAUUAAUAUGUUAAGU